AUGGCGUUCACUGCCUUGCUGCUGCUGCUGCUGCUGGGCACAGGUACAUGUGCCAUGACCCCCACCGAGACCACCAUGGAGACAACCGAGACGACCACCACAGAGACAACCACCACAGAAACAACCACCACUGAGACAACCACCACAGAAGCAACCACGACCAACACAAGCAGCACGACCAAUGCAAGCAGCACAACAAACGCAACCACCAUGACCAAUGCAACCAGAACAACCACUGCAAGCAGUGCAACAAACGCAACCACCAUGACCAAUACAACCAGAACAACCAACGCAAGCAGUGCAACAGACGCAACCACCAUGACCAAUGCAACCAGAACAACCAACGCAAGCAGCAUGACCAACACAAGCAGCCCAACCAACACAACCACCAUGCCCAACACAACCACUGCUGACAAGACCACCAUAGAGUCAACCAUGACCAACACAACCACCACUGGCAGGACCACCACGGAGUCAACCAUGAUCAACACAACCACCACGGACAGGACCACCACCCCUAUGACCACUGCUCCGAACAUCACAAUCUCCAAAACCACAAGCAGCAAUGGGACCCAAAUCUCCCACCCCAUGGUCUUCCCCACUACAGGCAACACUACAAACUUCCAGUCCAGCAACAGCCCCGCAAGCAACGCCACAACCACCAGCACCUCAGUGCCUGUCUCUAGCAGCGCUACCAUCUCCCCCGCCAAUGCCACCAGGACCACCUUCAGCACCAACACGGCCACCAGCAGCUCCGCAGUUCCCACCUCCCCCGCGGGUGGUAGCACAGCGAUCCCCAACUCCAGUACCAAAGGCAGCGGGAGCAGCAGCCCUCAGGUCAUCUCCACGCAGCAAACCUCUGCCACCGCUCAGAGCAGCACGGCUCCCAUGCUGCUCCUCCGCGUCCUGCUGUCCUUCCACAUCAUCAACAGGAGCUUCAACGAGAGCUUGCGCGACCCCACUUCGAAGGAGUACAGGAGCCUGAGCGACACUGUCUUGACCAUGUUCGAAUACGUCUUUGGCUGCGCGACCUGCAUGGACAGACAGACCUACAAGGGAUGCAGCGAGCUCCUUUUCAGCCAAGGCUCGGUGAUGGUGCAGUCCACCCUUGUGUUCGGGCACGGCAAUGACACGGUCACCAGCAACGCCGUUGAGCAGCAGCUGAGGAACAGCCUGGACUCGAAUGGCGCCAUCAUGGGCCUGCGGCUGGCCAACAUCCGGAGCACUCCUCAGGAGGAGACGUCCCCAGCACCGGUGCCUGGGGUCCCAGGUUGGGCCAUUGCUCUGCUGGUCCUGACCACCAGCUGCCGGAAAAGUCAAAAGAGCCUGGACCUGUUCAGCACGAAGGACUCCUACCACCCCAUGGACGAGUACGCCCCGUACCACAGCCACGGGCGCUACGUGUCACCCAACAAGAAGCACAACCCCUACAGCCAGGUGAGAGCCCAGUGCCACCGUCCCCGGGGCUGCUCGUGCCUGGCGUCCUGGCUGCUGCGGGGCUGGGGCGGUGCAGGGGAAGCGCUGCGGGCGGGGGCCGCAUCCAGCUGCCUGGCUCCAUGCGAGCAGCUCGCCCUGUUCAAAUACCAGGGGCCUGGGUAA